UUUAGGCGACUUGUUCCGCCUUUUGUGUUUAUAUUUAACAUUUCACGGUUGUUUCGUGAGUAAAAUUGGCAUUCACCUAAAACAAAUAUCCUCAGCUGCUAUUGGACAUGGAUUGGAAAACAUCUUAAAUGUUAGUCUGCUGUGGGCGAGUUAAUAAAAAUGAAUAAAGGGUGGCUGGAGCUCGAGAGUGAUCCAGGUUUGUUCACUCUACUGGUGGAAGAUUUUGGUGUUAAAGGUGUGCAAGUAGAAGAAAUCUAUGAUCUUCAAAGCAAGUGUCAAAGUCCUGUUUAUGGCUUCAUUUUCCUGUUUAAAUGGAUUGAAGAGCGUCGGUCCAGGAGAAAGAUUAACACUUUGGUGGAUGAGACUUCGGUCAUUGACGAGGAAAUUGUAAAUGAUAUGUUUUUUGCACAUCAGUUGAUACCAAACUCGUGUGCCACUCAUGCUUUGCUGAGCGUCCUUUUGAACUGCAGUGGAGUUGAGCUCGGCACCACACUCAGUCGCAUAAAGGCUUUUACAAAAGGCUUCAGUCCAGAAAGCAAAGGUUACGCAAUAGGAAAUGCCCCAGAACUUGCUCGAGCACAUAACAGCCAUGCCAGACCGGAGCCCAGGCACCUUCCAGAGAAACAGAACGGGAUCAGCGCAGUGCGGACCAUGGAAGCCUUCCACUUCGUUAGCUAUGUGCCAAUCAAAGACCGUCUCUUUGAACUUGAUGGACUCAAGGCUUACCCCAUUGACCACGGGCCCUGGGGUGAGGAUGAGGAAUGGACUGAUAAGGCUCGCCGUGUUAUCAUGGAGCGGAUUGGACUGGCCACCGCUGGCGAGCCGUACCACGACAUCCGCUUCAACCUGAUGGCGGUGGUGCCUGACCGCAGAAUGAAGUACGAGUCCAAACUGGAAACUCUAAAGAAGAAUCGGCAGACUAUUCUGGAGGGUCUGCAGAAGAUGAUCCGACUCACUCAGACUGAGCGCAUUCAUGACAAAAAGCAGCAGGACUCUUCCUCCCCAGAUGAAAACAGCCCUGCCAUCAAAAAAGAAGCAGAUGGAGGCCCGGGAACUUCCCAAGGAUCCUCUUCAGAUUCAGUGGAUGAUUCAGGGGCUCAAUCCAAGGACGGAGCUAGUCUCUCUGGAGGCACUAAAGUCAUGGGAAAACCCCCAGCCCUGGUUGGAGGAGGUGCCCAGCAAGUUGCUAAUUCAAACCCUGUUGUCCAGCGCCUGCCUGCCUUCCUGGACAACCACAACUACGCCAAGUCCCCAAUGCAGGAGGAGGAAGAUCUUGCAGCAGGCGUUGGUCGCUCUCGGAUCUCAGGCCCACCCCAGCGCUCAUACUCGGAUGAUGAAGACUACGAAGAUGAUGAGGAAGAAGUGACAACUACUGCGAGCGUUUCCACCAGGCAAGCAUUAUUUAGACGGAAAGCAAGUCUUCGCUCAAGAACAGGCCGGACCGGAACCGGACUGGAGAGCCAGAUUGCCCUCAACGUUUUGGCUGAGAAACUGAAAAAAGAGGCUCAAAGGAAAGAUUCUUUAAAUACUCCUCUAUCUGUGCGCACCGAAGGUCGCACCGGGGGGAUUUGUAUCACGUCUGCCUCGCAGCCGUCACCCACUCCGAGCAACGAAAGCACCGACACGGCCUCGGAAAUUGGCAGCGCUUUCAACUCCCCCCUGCGCUCGCCGGCACGCUCCCAGGCUGCCACGCGCCCGUCGAGUCCAGUUGCGUCCCAUCUGUCCCGAGUUCUGUUUGGAGAAGACGAGAUGCUGAGGCUAGACUCCAGACAUAACCGUGCUGUGCGAGAACUCGGCUCCUCUGUCAGCGUAACGCUGCUACACCUGCAGGAAGACGGAGUCAUCCAUGCUCUCCCUCCAUCUGGAGAUUUAACUCCUGAGGGCACUAAAGUUUCUACUCUAGAGAAACAAAAAGUCAAAGAAAAAGCCGAGGAAAAGGAUGGCUUGAAGGGGGGAGGUGAAGGAGCAUCAGUGGAGGUGAAGAAAGAAGAGAACAAAGAUGGAGCAGAGGUGAAAUCUGGCAAGGAGAAGCUCAACAUAACGGAGUCUAGUGCAGACAGCAAGCCCCCCGGGGAUAAGUACUCUCCUAAAGAGCUGCUUGCGCUGCUCAAGUUUGUAGAGGCCGACAUCGCUAAUUAUGAAGUGACUCUAAAGGAAGAAGUCGAGAAGAGAAAAAAAUAUAAGAUUGAUGAUCAGAGGAGGACCCAUAAUUACGACGAGUUCAUCUGCACCUUCAUAUCGAUGCUGGCCCAAGAAGGCAUGCUGGCCAGUCUGGUGGAGCAAAACAUUUCUGUGCGCCGUCGGCAGGGAGUGAGCAUCGGCCGUUUGCACAAACAGAGGAAGCCAGACCGAAGGAAACGCUCCCGACCGUACAAAGCCAAACGGCAGUAAUCACAAAAAAUCAGAACGUCAAUAAGUAAUGUGUGAGCACCAUGCAAUCAUGGCAGAGGGAAAGGAAGGCCUGACGCAUUCCUGAAAGUUGUUCCUAAGGACAGCGUCAGUUUGAAUUUGAACUAGAAACUCUUCUGCUUCGUAAAACGGACCGUUGAUGCUUACAAAUGAACGUUACUGAAGUGUUUUCUACAUUUUACCUGUCAGUGUGGUAAUUAUUUCAUGGAGCAUGGACUUAUUUAAAACACAUGUAACUGUAUGUAGUCUGUCAAUAUUUCCUCAGUGCCAAUUUAGUAAAGUAACAAAUAGUGUUUCACGCAUUGAACUUUUAAAUUCAGCACAUUCAGUGCAUGGACUCACAAUGUAAUAUAACAUUGCUUUUUAAUCUCAUGAUAGUGUUCUUGUCAAUUUCAGUCUCAACAAGUCAUGAUGUGUCUUAAGUUCUUGUUUUACAAUAGAAAAACUUUUUGACAAAGGAUCUUUACUUGUUUUUGUACAUAUAUCUUUUUUUGAGGUCCUGCAGAUGGAAAAAAAAAAGUUGUUGUGUUAUUUUUCUACCUGAUGGAUCUCAGAGUUCAUAUUCAGGUAAAUGUUGACAGC